CCCCCUCCCCCUCCUCCUCCUCCUCCUCCUCCUCCUCCGGUGACACACCAGACGAUGCGUUGACUGAACGCAGGAGGAGAAGAAAACCUCUCCCAUCCAGAGGCAGGAGCAGAGAGGAGAUCUCUAACCAAUACUACCUCUCAACACCGUGAUGGAUCUGCAGUUUCCCUGAGACCAACUCCAGUUCAACUCCAUCCGUCCCCCUGUCUCGUCCCCCUGCCUCGUCCCCCUGUCUCGUCCCCCUGCCUCGUCCCCCUGCCUCGUCCCCCUGUCUCGUCCCCGUGGCCUCCACCAUGUCUGAGGGGCUGCUCCAGGUGGAGAUCCCGGACUUCGGCAGCAGUGUUCUGGGCAGCCUGAACCAGCAGCGUCUGCAGGGUCACUACUGUGACGUGUCCAUCCUGGUGCAGGGUCAGGCCUUCAAGGCGCACCGGGCCGUCCUCGCCGCCUCCUCCCUCUACUUCAGAGACCUGUUCAGCUCCAUGGCCGACUCCUCGUCCUCCUCCUCCUCCUCCCAGACGGUGUUUGAGCUCCCGUCCUCGGUGACCCCGGCCUGUUUCCAGCAGAUCCUGUCCUUCUGCUACACGGGCCGCCUCAGCAUGGCCGCCAGCGAGCAGCUGGUCCUGAUGUACACCGCCGGGUACCUGCAGAUCCAGAACAUCGUGGAGCGAGGCAUGGACCUGAUGAUGAUGAAGACGUCCUCGUCCUCCUCGCCGCUCUGCUGCGACUCACAGACCACCUCAGUAGACGAGCUCGGGGGCUUUGAUGCUCCGUCCGUCCAGAGCGUCCCCCCGAUGGACGACGUGAGUCCAGAGGAGCUGGACCUGGACGUGAGCCGGAUCAAACAGGAGAGAGAAGACACUCCACCACCUCCUCCUACCGAGGAGGACGGAGGAGGAGACGAGGGCAGGGUGGACAUCGGGGACCUCCAGUCCUCCAGGACCAGCGCCUUGUGUUACCUGAGUGCAGGAGGAGGUCUGGUUUCAGGUCUUCAGUCCUUCCUCCUGGCAGGAGGGGGGCGCUCCAGUCCAGGAGGAUCCAGUCUCCCCACGGACUCCCCUCCGUCCCACCCCCCCACCGAGGAGGAGCUGGAGGAGGAUUACUAUGGCAACGCUGUCCCCCCCGGCCUCUACCAACACAUCUACGGACUCCCCGGGAACCCCUACAUCCAGGAGAAGAUGGAGAUGCUGCCCCUCCCGUUGGCUAACGAGCGUCGGCCCUGUGUCCUGGUUGGUCGGGACAACAUGGCGCUGCCCGCCAGCCUGAUCAGUCAGAUCGGGUAUCGGUGCCACCCGUCGCUCUACACCGAGGGCGACCCGGGGGAGAAGGUGGAGCUGGUGGCAGGUUCAGGGGUUUUCAUGACCCGGGGUCAGCUGAUGAACUGCCACCUGUGUGCCGGGGUCAAACACAAGGUCCUGCUCAGGAGGCUGCUGGCCACCUUCUUCGACAGAAACACUCUGGCCAAUAGCUGCGGGACGGGGAUCCGCUCCUCAACCAAUGACCCGAGCCGGAAACCCCUGGACAACCGAGUCCUGAACACAGUCAAACUGUACUGUCAGAACUUUGCUCCCAGCUUUAAGGAGAGUGAGAUGAACGUCAUCGCCGCUGACAUGUGCACCAACGCCCGGCGGGUUCGUAAACGUUGGCUCCCAAAGAUCCAGUCGCUCCUCCCAGACGGCCUCCCCCCCACCUCCUCCUCCCCCCACCCCCGCAAGCUGAAGAGAGGAGGAGGAGGAGCAGCAGGAGGAGCAGGCGGAGGAGGUGGCAUCUUGGAGCUGGACCUGAGGCAGAUCAGCACCUCCUACCUCGGCCUGGAGGAGGUGGUAGGGGAGAAGGAGAAGGAGGUGCCACCGCCCCCCCUGCCUCACCUGCAGUUUGCUGGGCCUCGUGGAGGAGGAGGACAGGUGGAGGAGGAGGUGGAGGGAGGUGAGGCUGAAGGGGGAGGGAGGCUACAGACUGAACAACCUCCGGACCUCCCUCUGUCCCUGUCUUCCUCCUCCUCUUCCUCCUCCUCCUCCUCUCACCCCUCCCCUCAGCCGGCAGAGCCCGCCCCUCCUCACAGGGGAUUGGCCGACACAGAUGAGAGGGGGGCGGAGCCUCUGGAAGACAGCCAAUAA